ACAGCUACAACAACUUAUUAACGUCAUGGUAAACUCUGCUUUUCAACAGCAUAAGUUGAAAUAUUAACGUUCAAAUAUCUGGUUCAUUUACAAGUCGUAAACACAUUGCUAGUUUACCCUGUCUGCUUGUUAGCGUUAGCUGAGGAAGUAGUCCUGCUGUUUGACAGCUGACUGAAAGUGUAAAGAAGAUAAAGUUAAUGCGAUGGAAAGUUUACUAGUAGAAGACAACCCGCUGCUUUUACCUCUCAAUAAGGACAAAACUGUCUAUGACGGAUUCAUCACAGUCCAGGAGAGAGACUUCAGAAUGAGAAUACUACUACCACCAAAUCGGCAACUCAAACAGGCCAAGCUGCACUGCUGUUGGCAGUUGAAAGACCUGUUGCGUGGAUAUGAGCACAUAGUGAAGCAGAGGCUGCAGCAGUCGGCUGAUCUUGUCAGUUUCAUUCUGGAGCUGAAGACCGUCUUGGAAGUGGGCCUGAAGAGUCGUCCCGGGUGCCGCUCAAUCCCAUCUCCGCAGUAUUACUCCCAGCUCAUCUCUGAGAUGGAGACCCUUGGGUGGGACAAGCUGCUCUUCAUAGACACCGAGUUCCGCACGUUGAGGCUGAAGGCGGAGGACUCUUGUGGAAGGCAGCACAUUCUCACUAUUAACCUCAAGUCUAAGCACCCUGCAGAGGCUCCUGAAUGCUCGGCUGACCUUCCAGUCCCUCUGGCCAUAACCUGGACACCACAGAGUACUCUGGAGCAGCUUCACAGCCAGUUCCUGCUGGUUUUAGAGUCCCUGACCGACUUCUGGGACGUCCUGGAUGAAAUUGACAGCAAGACCUGGAUUCUGGAACCGGAAAAACCCUGCCGGGCCGACACCAUGAGAAGGAUCGCCAUCGGAAACAACGUAUCCAUCAAAGUGGAGGUGGAUCCCAGACACCCUAAGAUGCUGCCAGAGUGCUGCCUGCUGGGAGCCGAGCAUGUGGUGACUCCUCUGAGGAACAAGCUGAAUGCCAACAUGCACUUGUGGAACCCGGACUCCAGCGUCUUGAACAACCUCCGGGAUGUUUUGGAGAUCGAAUUCCCGUCACCUGCCACCCACGAAAAAUCUAGCUUCAGUGUUGAAUGUGGGAUCUGUUACGCUUAUCGUCUUGAGGCUGCGAUCCCUGAUCAGGUGUGUAAUGACCCUCGCUGUGGUCAGCCCUUCCACCAGGCCUGCCUGUAUGAGUGGCUGCGAGUGCUGCCCUCCAGCAGGCAGAGCUUCAACAUUGUUUUCGGAGAGUGUCCUUACUGCAGCAAGCCCAUUACUGUGAAAAUGGCGGCCCAGAAGUCUUGAGGAGUGGCCUCGUGAUCCAUCUCAGUUUUGGGAGAAACAGCUUUAGAAAAGAUAGCGGUACCACCAGAGAGGAGGAGAGCCACGUGCCCUACAUCCAUCACCUGUUCACACACACACACAGGCUGAAUUCAAAUGUCCAGACUUCACCACACUCACAGAUUUGAGUGUUGAGGUCUUCCUGCAGAUGUUCCCGGCCUGCAGCAACAGUCUUUAACCCUUACAUACUGUUCAUAUUCUACACCCUGGCAGUAUGUUCCAUGUCUAAGAAUUCCCUCAUUAAAAGUAUCUAUACCAAAUUUUGAACCACAGAUGUUUAGAAAGCAUCAAUAAUCGAUCUGACUGAUCAAUACAUGUGUGAGAGCAGAGAGAGUGUAUUUUUUAGGUUUUACACCACUCAUUUUUGGAGGAAAAAACAGCUACUAUCAAACAAUAUCAUGUCCUAUUUAACAUAAGACAUCAAAUUUCAGAAUAAAACAUUUGUGGUGUUUUUACAGCUGUUAAUGUCAAAAUGAGUCAAAUUUGACCCUGAACAGUAUGUAAGGGUUAAAGUGACAAUGAAACAUUUGUACAAAGAAUGCUACUACUAAAAAAUGUUUAUUAUAAUAAUAAAAAAUAAUAUGUGUAAAAUAUUUACUUUAAAUAAAUUUUUCACUUUUGUUGGGAUGUAG